AGUAGUCCGAGUUCUGUUUGGAAAAUGGCGGGUGCUUUGAAAGAAAAACAACUAGCUCAAAAUGUUUAUGCUGCAUUGCAGGCUGCGUCUUGUCCCAUGGUGGACGGUCUGUACCUGCAGGAAGCAGACAGCAUGCUACAGCUGCUGUGUGCUCCCUCCCAGCACCGCACAGACAUACUGGCAUGGAUCUGCAGCAGUAUCAACCCAAAUUUUGCCACUUCCAAGGCGAUGUCAGUGAGAUCUGAAUACCCAGAUGUUUUGACUAAAGAAAUGGCUCUGCUUGGACAGGAGCUGAUGCUGUGCAAAGCAGGUGACCUGGACCUGAUCAGGGGUGAUGCAAGUCCUCACCGGCAGCUUCAGUUCCUGGAGCAGCUUUUAUCUCUACUCUCGGGCUCACAGAAGUCUGCUGGGCACAGAAUGGAUGAAGAGAUGCUACUGAACGAGCUCUACGCUGCCGAGAGUCUGCCUCACCUCACACAAAUGCUCAAACCCACAUUCGACCCCUGGCCUGCACACAUCAAGGCUUUACGCAAAGGCACCAAGUCAUCUUGUAAGCCAAGCAGAGGAGAGGAUGCUGAUGUUGCUGCCCUUCUACAGUUGGCUGAGUCAGCGCUGAAGCAGCUACAGUCAGAGUGUGAGUUCCUGAACAAUGAGCAGCAGAGUCCUGGCGUCUUCUCUCCGAGCUCAUUACGUGUGGCAGCGGGUGACCUCCAGCAGCUGAUGGCUACUUUCAGCCAUGUUUACGAAACAGACUUGAGAGCGUACUGCAGCAGAGACUCCCCCAGCUUCAGCACAGAGACCGAUGUCUUCCACAGAGUACACCAACUACUACUGGCCUGCAACACGGAGUUGGAAAUGUUAAAUGAAGUAUCAGAAGCUUCUGUGUCCAUGAAUGAGGAAGUAAAUGGGAUACAAACACAGCCUCGCUACUGGAGGAGAGGAGAGAAGCACACAAUGCCGGACCAACUGGAAGAGCUUAGCAGGCGAAGUAGAGAGUUUCUCUCACUGUCUCAUUCCUGAUGGCAACUUCAGACCAUCAGGGUGAAUGCUGAUGGAGAGCUGAAGUGAGCAGAGCACUCAGAAUAAUGCAGUGAUAACGAGAGGAGAGUCUGAUCUGUACUUGUGUUAAAACUUUUAACAAACAGGAUUGUGGCCAGAAAUGACUUGUUUGAUUUUUACAAGUAUUAACCAGUAGGAGCCACUGAUGUUCAGAUACAUCGCAGCAGAACUGCACUCAUCUUUCUGUAUGUGUCGUAAUGAAAACUAACACUGUUUGAUGUCGUCCCUGUUUAUUAUUUGAAAUCCAGUAUGAGGGAGAUGCUGGGGCUGGUUUUGUGUAAUCAUUCACAUCAGAACACUCAAAACAGUAUAUUCCAUGUAAUCAGCUUUUAUAAAAUCAGAAUUGAACAUUCCUCCUCUUUCACUCUCACUUGUAUUGUCCUUUACAGAACUCAGUGUAUAAAUGUCAAUAUUGUAUUAAUGAAUAAAUUUAAAAAUUUUAG